GUCUCCAGCCAUUCACUAGAGUGGCGCCGCAGCGAUCGCAUCAGCCAGUCUGACUCCUGUUCUCACGGCGAGGAGGAAUCAAACCCUGCAGUCUCCAGAACAACCAAAAGGAUAUAUACUCCCGAUCCUCCGGUGUUUAGCUCAAGACGACCGCUAACCAAAUCUCCUUUUUGGGAAUUUUUGUAACAGGAAGAGCAUUGCGUGUUUUUGUUUUCAACUCCUGAUCUGCUGUGAGUUAUAUAACACGGAGCUGAACGCCGCUGUGAGUCAUUGAUAAAUACGCGGACAUUCUUUGCGCAGCUGCAUGAAUGAGCGCCAGUUUAUCGGUCGCCACAAGAAAUCGCCAACGGAUCGCGUUUUCUCGGAAGAUCUGAAGAUCCUGUAGGCGACUGACAACACAGCACACAAGAAAAACCUCCGUGCGUCUCGUCCUACAACUGAACCCACAACAUUGAUGUUGUUCUUGCAUGCAAACAGCGCUGCUGCUGCUGCUGCUGCUGCAAUCGGCGUCUAGCGUCGUCUCUCUCUCGGACCCGCACCGCGGCGCGACGCGUCUUCUGCAGCACCCUGCUCACCCCUGUUUUUUUUACAUAAAUGCUCGACAAGCUCAAGCCCGUGCAGAUCGAGACGGUGAUGGCCGUCAGCAAGACCGUGGGCUGGCUCCGCGAGCAGCUCGAGGCCCGCCGCGACUGCCUGCUGGUCAUGGACUGCCGCGCGCAGGAGCUGUUCGAGUCGUCGCACGUCGAGGCGGCGAUCAACGUGUCCAUCCCCAGCCUCAUGCUGCGGAGGCUGAAGAAGGGCAACCUGCCCAUGAAGUCGCUGCUGUCCAACGGCGAGGACCGCGAGAGGUUCGCGCGGAGGUGCAAGACGGACACCAUCGUGCUGUACGACGAGUACAGCCGCGACUGGAACGAGAACGUGGACGGCGGGUCCGUUCUGGGCUUGCUGCUGAGGAGGAUGAAGGACGAGGGGUACAAGGCUUAUUACCUCGAGGGGGGCUUCAGUAAAUUCCAGGCGGAAUUCCCCUCCAUGUGCGAGACCAAUCUGGACGGGUCGUCCAUCGGCGGCUCCCCCCCGGCCCACGUCCUGGGCCUCGGCGGGCUGCGCAUCAGCUCCGACUCGUCAGACAUCGAGUCCGACCUCGACCCGAGCAGCGCCACCGACUCGGACGGUAGCCCGCUCUCCAACCCGCAGCCGUCGUUCCCCGUGGAGAUCCUGCCCCACCUCUACCUGGGCUGCGCUAAGGACUCGACCAACCUGGACAUCCUGGAGCAGUACGGCAUCAAGUACAUCCUGAACGUGACGCCCAACCUGCCCAACCUCUUCGAGAACGCCGGGGAGUUUAAGUACAAGCAGAUCCCCAUCUCGGACCACUGGAGCCAGAACCUGUCGCAGUUCUUCCCCGAGGCCAUCAGCUUCAUCGACGAGGCACGGGGCCAGAAGUGCGGCGUCCUGGUCCACUGCCUGGCGGGCAUCAGCCGCUCGGUGACCGUGACGGUGGCCUACCUCAUGCAGAAGCUGGCGCUGUCCAUGAACGACGCGUACGACAUCGUCAAGAUGAAGAAGUCCAACAUCUCGCCCAACUUCAACUUCAUGGGCCAGCUGCUGGACUUUGAGCGCACGCUGGGCCUCAAGGGCCCCUGCGACAACCGCGUGGCCCCCGCUCCUCACCCGGCCCCGCUGUACUUCACCACGCCCACCAACCACAACGUCUUCCAGCUGGACCCCCUGCAGUCCACGUGAGGGGGGGGGGGGGGUGGUGGCCACCAACCAACCCUGAUCCCUUUUCUCUCCACCCCCCCCUCACCCUUGGUUACCUUACUGAGCUUUGACCCCUCAGAGCUCCUCGUCGAGUCGUAGGAGGAGGCGUCCUACCUGCGGGCGAGGACUGUUUUGAAGCCCCGCCCUCGACGGCGAGGGUGCGGAGCUCGGCUCCCGGUGUGGUUGUCGUCGCGGCAGCCCCCCCCCCUAACCCCCCCCCCCACGGGGGGGCGGGACUCGGCUGGUUAACUUAAAGACCUCCGCAGGGUUUGUGGGCCUGCGGAGAGAGGGAGACGGGCGCGGCUGCUGAGGCAGUCAGGCUGGCCUGGAGAGACGGAGAACCACAGAACACAAAGUGACCCUUUGGGUGUGGAAGAGGAGGACAGAGACUUUUCUUGCAAUGCGCAAUCAACCGCCGACUGGCUGUUUUUAUGGUUAUUUAAAAUACGAAUAACAAAAAUUGCUUUUGUGGCAAAAGAGAACACGGAACAAUUUGACGGCCGUUAGUCAGUGAAACUUUACAGUUGCCGGACUGGCAUGCCAAAGAGACGUGAUUGUUCAAACUUAUAAAUAAGCGUCGUUUUUUUUCAUUGUUGAGUUAUUUUUUUUGGAGGUGGGCAAUCUUCUUUUUACUUUCUGGGUUAAGCACUCUUUCAUCUCUGGACUCUUUUCUGUUUUCUCUUUGCUCCUGUCUUCUGUGAAGACUUUUUCUGUGUGGGGUGACUGCAUCCCGGAUAUAGUUGGCACAAGCGUACUGGACUCUCGUUUUACACUUGCGUGGUCUUUUAUACAUUAUAUACAUUAUCUAUAUAUCUAUACUAUAUACCAAUUAUACAUGCCCUUUGCAAAAAACUGGGUACUGGACAAUCUUUGUUUCCUUUUUCUAUCCUUAUGUAAAGAGAAGAGAUCCGUGCGUUUCAAGUUAAUUAUGCCAAAAACACGAAGAAAUCAAGUCAGGCUCUCCAAGGAUUGCGCAGAAGAGUAUAUAAUAUGUGUAAUAUAUUUGAUCAUAGCUUUGUGUGUGAUUUAUGCCACUGGGCCUUGUUUUGUUUUUUUGCAUCCUUCCACACAAUUCAACGCCACGGUGGUCGUACGCCUUACUUUUGUUCACAGAAAGGUGCGAGCGUGGCACUGCGACGUCCAUGUACCCCUGCCUGCGUCCAGUCUUGUGACCCUUGCCUGGUCUGAAGAAUGCGGAGGGGGGGGGGGGGGGGGUUUCACCUUUCUUUGGCCAAUGGUUUGAGGAGAUGUUGAUUUUUAAAAAGGUUGGAGGUCUUGUGGUGGCCUCACCUCUUCAGGGAAAUUAAUGAAAGGUGGUUGUUUAUUUUUGUUUUGUUUUCUUCUUCUGUGGAUUGAGACAAAAAGACGUGGAGGACUUUGUUUCUGCUCUCCUUCGGCAUGGGGUGAAUGUGUUUGAGACAAAAAAGGAAGCCAAUACGCUGACCUCAAUCCCCUCUCUGAUGAAUGUAAAGAAAGAUAAGUUAUUAAUAAAUUGCUAUUUUGUCUACAUA